GUACUUUAGCACGAAUUGGAGAGAUAAGGGACUUAAAUGGCAAUGAAGGCUCUAUUCAUGGGAACCAUCGAUGCCAAUUGAGAGGUCUACACGAUGUGCCUUUACUUGAAGAAAUGACCACUCGGCAAAUAGCAUAUCCGUCAGUUCCUGCUUCCUCUGGAUUCGUCCAAACCAACCCCCAGCCGGCUGGCGUCAUCGCCGAGCUCGCAGCUAAGCUCUCUUCGUGUGGCUGUUAUCGCGAUACCCCUCCAAGCCACUGUGCUGAUUGCUGCUUCUCUUUUAUCGUGAACCACUUCAAUUGUGCGUAUCCGUAGAUGUUUCGUGCUGCCACUAGAUCCUUUGCAAGUCAAAUUCCCAAGAUGGCCUCCAAUCCUUCCAAAUAUAAGUUUAACCAUUCCAUGCUUCGGGUGAAAGACCCCCAAGUAUCGGUCAAGUUCUACGAGUUUAUCGGCAUGAAACUCAUCAACAAGAUCCAGAAUCCCGACGUGAAAUUCGACGUCUACUUCCUAGCGUACGACACACCGUCCGCCGUCUCCGCGGGGAAGCACUGGACGGACCGCGAGGGCAUCAUCGAGCUGACGCACAACUAUGGCACCGAAAACGACCCGGACUAUAAGGUCCACACGGGCAACAGUGAUCCGAAGGGGUUCGGGCACGUGUGCAUCUCGGUGGAUAAUAUCCAGGCGGCUUGUAAGCGGUUGGAGGAUGCGGGUUAUAGGUUCCAGAAGAAACUCACGGAUGGACGCAUGCGGCAUAUCGCUUUUGCUCUCGAUCCGGAUGGUUACUGGGUUGAGAUAAUCGGGCAGAAACCCCUGGAAGAGACCGAGGCGACCACGACGACUGAUGUGACUACCUAUCGCAUGAACCACACCAUGAUCCGCGUCAAGGAUCCCGAGAAGUCCCUCGCCUUCUACCAAGACAUCUGCGGCAUGAACCUCGUCCGCACCCACGAAGUCGCAGCCGCCAGCUUCAACCUCUACUUCCUCAGCUACGGCGCGUCACCCGCGGACGGACCGAGCGGAGUCAGCCCGAUGGCCGGUCAGGAGGGCCUCCUGGAAUUGACGUGGAACUACGGGACUGAGAAAGACGCUGAUUUCAAGUACCAUGACGGCAAUGCGGAGCCGCAGGGGUUCGGGCACAUUUGUCUUGCCGUGGAUGAUUUGGAGGAGGCGUGUAAGCGGUUUGAAGAGAAAGGGGUCAAUUGGAGGAAGAGGCUGACGGACGGCCGAAUGAAGAAUAUUGCUUUCAUUCUAGAUCCGGAUGGAUACUGGAUCGAGAUCGUGCAGAAUGAGAAACUCAAGCAACGAUCAAACUGGUAGGUUGUCAUAGACCGAAUGAGGUGCUCAGUCCUUCCGGCUUGGAUCUUCGGUUUAAGUGGCCAUCCUCAAAAAUCUGCCUCCAAUGGCUGUGCAAAGACAGGUUCGAAGCUGUAGAAUAUCACUUCAAAUAGAUUGGAAAUUCCUUGCGACCUACUCGCUAAAGGGUCCUCCGACAUUGACCAAGACAUGAAACGGAGAAAAGGUGGAUAGUCCGGCUCUCAUUGCGAAGUUGCUAACAUCAGUAUAUAUCCUGUUAUUCAUUCCACUCCACACUCGU